UCUCACAGUUACACAUCCGUUGAGAGCAACCCAAGUAAUAGGGAGGGUAAAACGGAUCAAAUUUGUAAAACCCUAAUUCUAAACACACUCACACUCUCACUCCUCCCAAUUUCUUCAAAAAAUGCUGGUGUUGGUAGCCUGAAUCAAGCUCCAAAGAGGUUUUCUUGGUACAUUUUGCAUUGGGCAGCUUGUCGAAAUAAGUGUGAGCGGAUAGUGAUGGCGCCAAAUCCAAGGGUGAAUGCAGCCUUUAAAGCAAUGGCAGAGCUUGGUAUUAAUGAAAAACAGGUCAAACCAGUUUUGAAAAAUCUCUUGAGAUUAUUUGACAAAAACUGGGAACUGAUUGAAGAAGAGAAUUAUAGAGUUCUUGUAGAUGCUAUAUUUGAUGCGGAGGAUACUCAGGGGGUGGAAGAGAAGAAGGAGAAGAAGAAAAGCAAGAACUAUGAUGAGGAAGAUAUGGAAGAAGAGCCUCAGCUGCGUCGUGAACCAGCUCGUCCCUCGAAAAGGAUACAUUCAAGUGGUGAUGAGGGUUCAUCACAGAAGAAGAAAUCUACAAAUACUGAUCCGGAGGAUAAUAUUGGGGAAGAAUUGCCACUGCCUCAUCAACCUGAACGUCCCCUGAAAAGGUUGCGAAAAACCCAUGGGGGUCAACUUUCACCAUCCCCAAGUACCUGCAACCCUAUGUUGGGUGGGCCUUUAUUGAUAAGGCCAAAAGUGGAGAAAGAUGAGUUACUUACACGGUCACCUGACUCAAGGGCUGAAUUGCAUCAACCAGUUUCACCCCACCUUAGUAACAAAAAUAAGGGCAAGCAACCUGUUGCGUCUAAUCCCGUGCCACAGCAUGGAAAGCGAAUUACUGAGUCAGGCAUCGUUCUUUUGCCGAAACAUAGGGUUGACAAUCAUCAAUUAAUGAAGCCUAAAGAUGAGCCCUUCACUGAUGACAUGGCACAAGAUGAGGUUCCUAUAGCAGUCAUCCUUCCAGAUCCCUCGAGUAAAGAAAAACCUCCACUCCAAAAUGGUGCAACUGGGGAACAAAAUGAUCAAGAACCUGUGGCAUCCCAGGAGAGAGAAAGUACAAGAAAUGAUAUUGUAUCUUCAUCUAAUGAGAGGAAUACGAACUUUGAACUUGCAACCUUAGAAGAGGAAUCUUCUAAUUUAGAAGUUGCGUCUUCACCCUUAGGAGAGGAUGGAUCUAUAAGUGCAUCACCAAAUCUUGAUGCAUUGAAAAAAACUACUGCUUGGGAUUCUGUGCAUGGAACUAAGGAAACAUUAUGCAUGCAGCCAUGUUCUUUAAAUGGGCCUGUUGGUAUUGAAUGCCCUACUGCUGUUACUGCUCCUGAAAUUCCCAGACUACCCUUGUCUCUGAAUGGUGUUGGUGAAUGCAGACAAGCAGGUGAGAGGGCUGAUUCUAAUGGUUUUGCUGAGGUUGAUAAGGAAGGUGAACUGGAAGACUCUCGUGGUCUGGUUGUUGUACAGCAUUGUGAUCUACCUCCUGAUGAUUUAAGGAGUUAUCAUGACAUUGAUGACAUAACCAAAGGGGAAGAAAGAGUCAAAAUACCAUGGCUAAAUGAAAAAAACAAUGAAUAUCCACCAUCCUUCUUCUAUAUCUCCCGAAGCCUUGUUUUCCAAGAUGCUGCUAUUAACCUCCGUCUUUCUGGUAUUGGGGAUGCAAAUUGCUGCCCAACUUGCUUUGGUGAUUGCCUAUCGGCGUCUGUACCUUGUGCUUGUGCAUCUCAGACUGAGGGGGAUUUUGCUUACACGCAAGAAGGCCUUCUAAGGGAUGAUUUCCUGGAAGAGUGUAUCUCUAUGAUUCGCAACCCUCAACAGCACCGUCCUUUCUAUUGUAAAAGCUGCCCACUUGAAAGAGUUAAGAAUGAUGAUUGUUUAGAACCAUGCAAGGGCCACUUAAGGAGGCAAUUUAUUAAAGAAUGCUGGAGUAAGUGUGGCUGCCAUAGACAGUGUGGAAAUCGAGUGGUCCAGAGAGGCUUAAAUUGCAAAUUGCAGGUGUUUUUCACUUCUGAAGGAAAAGGAUGGGGUCUCCGAACCUUGGAGGACCUGCCAAAAGGUGCCUUUGUGUGUGAGUAUGUUGGAGAAGUUUUAACCAGCAAAGAGUUACAUGAGAGGAACAUUAAAAGCUCCAGAAGUGGCAAACGUCCCUAUCCAGUGCGACUGGAUGCAAAUUGGGCUUCCAAAGCAGAUUUGAGGGAUAAAGAAGCUCUCUGUUUGGAUGCUACAAACUAUGGAAAUGUUGCUAGGUUUAUUAAUCACAGAUGUCUGGAUGCAAACUUGGUUGAAAUCCCAGUUGAAGUGGAGAGCCCAGAUCAUUGCUACUAUCAUCUUGCCUUUUUCACAACAAGAAAAGUAGAUGCCUUGGAAGAGCUAACCUGGGAUUAUGGGAUUGACUUCGACGACCAUGAUCAUCCUGUGAAGGUGUUCCAGUGCCAAUGUGGCAGCAAAUUCUGCAGGAACAUGAAACGUUCAAAUAGAUCUAGAUCUGGAUCAAUUGCAAGGUGAACACCGGGAAUGUUCGUUAAGUACUUUGUGUCAGGGAUCAGCGUGUUGAUGGUUGUUGUCUUUGUUCGAACAUAAAGGAUAGGUGCAAGAUCAAGCCGAGGAUAGAUCUUUUGGAUGUUUUUUUGUACAGGGUUUUAUACAGAUAUGGGCAAUUUGGUGCCUUUAUUCCAUUGAUGAUUUGAUGGUACAUUUUGGGUCAGACGCUGCCUGCGCGCUGUGUUUGCAGAGGCUAGUGAUACUGCUUAAAUAACCGUAGUUCUAUAUGGCUGCUUAUUCGGCGAUGCUAUAUAAUGCGUUUUUCUUGGU